CCCGCUAAGAUCUGAAGCCGAUGAUGAGGAAGAGUUUGUUGGUGGUGAACGCUGACGACUUCGGUUACAGCGACGAGAGAGACGAUGGGAUCGUGGAGUGUUACCGGAAUGGUCACAUCAGCAGUGUGUCCCUGUUAGUGAAUGGCGUCCGUGCUGAGAAUGCUGCCAAACUGGCCAAACAGAACAACAUGCAUUUGGUCACAGGUCUGCACGUGAAUCUGACGGAGGGUCAACCAAUAGGGCAGGGGUACCGAACUCUGAUCCGGAACGGAUGUUUCCUUGGCAAGUUUGGUUUCCGGGAAGCGGUCAAUGAAGGACAGCUCGACAUUAUAGAGGUUCGGCGGGAGAUUCAGGCCCAGAUAGAUAAGUUCCGGGAGCUGAUGGGUAAUGAACCCUACCAUGCAGACGGACACCAGCAUAUACACGUGAUUCCCGGUAUUGUGGAGACGUUCGCCGCGGUGCUGAGUGAGAAUCAUGUCAAAGUCACCCGCCUACCGAGGGAAAGGGGCGUGGUCUCGGAGGUCUGGGCCACUCCCCAACAGGCUGGGUUCAUGAAGGAAGUUGUUCACCAAUCCGAGCAUGCCAGUAAAGUGUUCUCCUCACACAAGCUGUGGUACGCUAGUAUUAGUCCCUCACACAAGCUGUGGACAUGUGAUGAGUUUAUAGGCUUGAGGACAAUGGGUUCUAAUAUGACAAUCGACAGGGUGACGUCACAUCUGUCUGAGGUUUAUGACAUCACAGACUCGCCAGAGCCGGACAAACGGACAGAUAUAGCAGCAGGACAAGAACGAGUGGUUACAUGUGAAUGGAUGGUACAUCCUGGUCACGUGACUUCCGGUGAAGGUGGCUGUGGAGAAGGCCCGGAUGAUUUUUCUAAGUCACAUGAUCGACAGCAUGAAAUAGACAUUCUAUCCGACAAAGCCUUAGUGAACGUUUAUAGGUCUAUGAACAUCACAAUGACAAACUUCAAAGACUGUUUUACUACAAUAAAAUCUUAACUGGCAA